AGCCUAAUAAAAUCUUAGUUUGAUAAGAUUCUAUAAUCUUCUAUAAAAAAAAGUAAUCGUUUUACUGAUGUUGUGAGUGCGCGACACUCACACAAACUUUACUUUCAAUAACGACAAGGGUGUCGAGUGACACCUCGCGUGAUCACCGUCCGGCCUUGCUACCGGGCAUCGCACCGGCCUUCACACCGGACAUCGCACCGGGCAACAUAUCCGGUUACUACUCAUUUUGCCACCCGAAAUCUCCUGAUUUCCGGUGGAAUGCGCCUAGCUAGCAAUUGCUGGCUAAGCUAGUGCACGGGACAAAGGCCCGUGACCGCGAGUGACAUCCCUUGGUAACAAGCCGAAAAGCUGAGUAUAUAAAGGCCCGCGGAAAGAGAACGAGCGGGCUCAUAAUUAAUAAUAAUAGCGACGAGUAUAUGUCGCUCGUCGAAGCUACAAACUGUACUUAGAUAUACAUCUUUCGGGUUCGAUCAAGAAAGUGUAGAGGAAGAAUAAAUAUAUAUCUCUUGUUAUUAACUCUCGGCAUUAUCUUUUGGAAACCUGAUCCCGAGGAGUCAUCGGCAACGAUCCCGCACUGUAUCCCGAGACGAGGGAUACAACAAAUUGGUGGCAGCGGUGGGAUUUACUGCCGAAAGGGAAAGAACAAGGGAAAACCGCCGAAGAGAAACGUUAAAGCCAGGGCAACAAUUCAUACGAGGCGCAACGAAGACGACCUGCUGAUCCUCCAAGACAAGGAAGGAAGAUAGCACGGGACAACAGCGAUAGCAGUGUUAUCUAAGACGACACCGACCUACCGCAACGUGACGCACCAGCCACAAGCAGCUGAGCGACGGACAACAUGCGGCGAUACAUCGCGGUAAUAUUUAUAAUCUGGGUGACGCUAAGUUCCGCAGAAGACCCGGACAUGAAGGCGCCGUAUGAAAUAGAAAAAUUUACGCACCAUCCAGGGAUAUAUUUCGAAAAGCUAGGAGGAUUACAUCAGGUUGAAUCCUUCUGGAAGGUGGUCAUCAAGAUAGACGUGACGUCACUAUCAAAAUGACUCACACAGGUAGAAAAAUAUGUACGCAAAACGGAUAAUCUAUGCAAAAUGAUAGCAGUCAUAGGUAAAGAAACAUGCGAAAAUCUACACAGCGUCAUUGCAAAAGGGUGUGAAAGAACUAAUAAACUAAUAGAACGCAUAAACUCAACAUACAAUACAAGAAUACACAAAAGAGGAUUAAUCGACGGGAUAGGGUCAGUCGCAAAAUCAUUAUUUGGUACGAUGGACGCAAACGACGAAAAAUUAAUUAACAAACAAUUAACGAUAUUACACGACUCACAGGAACUAAACAAACACGCAAUAAAGAACCAAAUAAAAAUAAUGCAAGCCACUAUCGCCCACAUUGAUAACAGUGAAAGAACUAUUCGACAAAACGAAAAUACUCUCGCGGACGCGACAGACAAAUUAAGAACAAAAUUAUUAGAAAAUGAACGCCAAAGUAACCUACACGAAAAUUUUAUAAUAAUUAACGCGGUACUGUCUGAUCUAACACACGACGCGGAAGACGUACUAGAAUAUUUAACGUUUUUGAAAGAAGGAAUUCUGCAUCCUCGUUUAACACCCAUUUCAAUAAUAAUAGAAUCACUUAAAGACGCUAGCUCGCAAUUGCCCGAAGGACUCUACUUCCCAUUCAGAAUAAAAGAGAAUGAAUGGUCGACAAUAGAGAAAUUUGCGACAGUAGGCGCAUACUGCGGCCAAAUAAAUAUAUAUACUAUUUUACGAUUCCCUCUAAUUUUGAUGCCAAAAUACGAAAUACUAAGUGUAAUUCCGUUACCUAUCCCAAGUCAGAACAACAUUUUCUCGUUCGUAGAAAUUAACAAUCCCCUGAUCGCAAUAGAUACAGAACAGCGUACUUACAUAAUCCUCGCAAAGAACGACCUGCGGAAAUGCAUAGAGAUAAAUACCGAAUACCUAUGCGCGGAAAAUCACCCCGUAUAUCGAAUAAACCCAGACUCUAUCUGCGAAAUAAAAAUGUACCUAGAAACUAAAGAUCAUUAUAAAAAUUGUAACAUAAAAAAUGCGACGUCGAACCACAGCCUUUGGAUAGCGCUAAGUAAUUCACACUCGUGGCUAUAUUCGUCACCACGAAAACAAGUAAUUACUCUACAUUGUAAAGACCACGGAAAAAUAAAGGAAACAAUUGAAAAAGUAGGUAAAAUUACAUUAAAAAAUAACUGUAAGUUAGUGACAGAAAAUACAAUUAUAAGAUCACCCAAGAUGUCACAUGAGACAAGAGUAGAAUCAUAUCUACCUCAGUAUAAUAUUUCACUACUACAGAAGCCUGGCUUAGAAAACGAUACAGGCCUCAAGAAAAUAAAAUUACAAAAUAUUAUACCAAAUCCAACGGAAUUAAAAAAUUCCAAGGAUAAAUUAGAGGAGAUAGACAACGAACUAGAUAAAGAUUCAAGUUUGAUUUUUCAGUCGCCACACUUUAUUUUUCCAAUGGCAACAAGCGGAACAACAAUUGUAAUAAUAAUAAUAGCCGUAGUAAUAGAAUUUAUUAUAAUAAAAAAGAAAAAGCGGAAUAACAAUAAGCGGGUCACAUUAGAUAUAGAUACAGAAUGUACGAUACCAAGAUCUAUCCUAAAACGAAGCAACAGCACACGUUUCUAACACAAAAAACAUAUAUAUAUAUAUAUAUAUAUGUAAUUAACAACUAUAUGUAAUAGUAAUUAUUAUAUUUUUUAUACAAUAUGAUCCAUUUCCCCCACGGGAAAAAAGCGUGGCAUUAGUUUGCACAGCUCUACGUCUCGGAUUAACAAAAUCAGACCACACGAUAUAUCACGUUACACCGGAACCAAAGAAUCAAAAACUUCUUUCUGCAAAUUUCGCUCACACACCGGAUGUGCACAGCUGAAUUGACUAUGACCAUAUAUGGUCCGAUUUAGGGAAUUACACCCCACCACUUCCAUUUUCUACGGGAUUAUAAAAAACUGAUGACCCAAUCGAGCCCCAAAGACUCGAUACUGUCGUUACGGUAAACAAAGUUCAAGCUCAAGAACACAGCAGCAGCCAGGCGGAACCAGCCCCGCAAAUUACCCCGGCGACAUAGAAUUUCCAGCAUAAAGACAGGAUGAAAAUUCCUAUGGAAUUUGAACUCAGUCAGCCCAUCGAUGGAGUGCGCCCAUUGGACCACCCAGAAAGGUACGGGAGACUCCUACGAAGCAUCUGCCUCCAACCAACAGAGAGAUGUCUAGUGGAAACAGAGUUUCCUUGGAGAAGAUGGUGCCGAAGCUGUUAUCGCCAACGAUACCGGCUUUAUUGCACCAUACGAGAUCCAUCGGCACACGGAUACCGGACGCAGCUCUCACCUGACAAACAUUGAGAAACGAUCACCCAGUGUUUCAAAUGCGGAAAAGUGCUAAUGAACGUGUGCCCUGCCAGAGACUGCCGGAAGUGCAUCGAGAUAUUCCUCGACGAAGAAGAGGCCAUAAACGAGACCCGACGACAUGAACAUGUUCAGCCUCGAAAAGUUUUAAAUCUAUGUGUACGCGAAUCUGAGAACGAGCAAUACCAGCUACGAAUGAUAUGUAACUAUUAGUACAAAACACUAAGAAAAUAGCGAUUAGUAUAUAGUUUUUUUUUUUACUACGCGAAAAGCGAUAAAAUAGCGAAAUCUAUUAAUUGCGAAAACUCAGCCCCCUCGUUUUCUUUUCAAUAAGGGAGAGGGAUGUUGUGAGUGCGCGACACUCACACAAACUUUACUUGCAAUAACGAUAAGGGUGUCGAGUGACACCUCGCGUGAUAUCACCAUCCGGCCUUGCUACCGGGCAUCGCACCGGCCUUCACACCGGACAUCGCACCGGGCAACAUAUCCGGUUACUACUCAUUUUGCCACCCGAAAUCUCCUGAUUUCCGGUGGAAUGCGCCUAGCUAGCAAUUGCUGGCUAAGCUAGUGCACGGGACAAAGGCCCGUGACCGCGAGUGACAUCCCUUGGUAACAAGCCGAAAAGCUGAGUAUAUAAAGGCCCGCGGAAAGAGAACGAGCGGGCUCAUAAUUAAUAAUAAUAGCGACGAGUAUAUGUCGCUCGUCGAAGCUACAAACUGUACUUAGAUAUACAUCUUUCGGGUUCGAUCAAGAAAGUGUAGAGGAAGAAUAAAUAUAUAUCUCUUGUUAUUAACUCUCGGCAUUAUCUUUUGGAAACCUGAUCCCGAGGAAUCAUCGGCAACGAUCCCGCACUGUAUCCCGAGACGAGGGAUACAACACUGUAUAUUACUAUUGCGUCAAAACAAAAUAUCCCAUUUAGAAAUUUCGCGUGACAAGUCGAAUAAAUGAUAAAUACAAUAAGUGACCAUGCUGUAAUUGCGUCUUUUCUUCAUAUAUAAACCAAAGCUAAAUUACAAAACAAAUAGUUUUGUAAAUUACAAACGAAUAGAAUAAUAAUCAAGAAAAUACGAUAUAACUUAAGCAAAUCAGGCAUUACAGAAUAUAGAAAUUCAUUUCUUUCUUUCUAUCAAUAUUUUCAUCGAUAUUAAAAUUACAGGUAUUGAUAACUAUAUACCCUUACGGAAAAAACACUCAAAUUUUGAGAGUUUACACUGAAAAUUGAGUGUUAAUA